UGCCAGUUCUGCGAACCCACCGGCCUUGCCAACCCCGCCGACAUCUUCCACGUCAACACCGUCGGGCCCCUCAUCAUGACCUUCGAUGUCUCGGCCAGCAAGCAGGCGCUGGCCUUCGGGGACUCCGAGGGGUGCGUGCACCUCUGGGCCGACUCCCCGGAGGUCACCUUUAACACCUACUCCCGGGAGACAGACUUUGCGCUGCCCUGCAUCGUGGACACGCUGCCCCACCUGGACUGGAACCAGGACCUGGUGCCGCUCUCGCUCAUCCCCGUCCCACUGACCAGCGACACCCUCCUCUCCGACUGGCCCGCUGCCAACUCUGCCCCGGCACCCCGGUAAUUUCCCGGUCUCUCCCAGCAAAAAUCAGUUGGGAUCCCCGGCAGGGAUCCUUCCCCGCCUCGGGCCAGGAGCCCGAUUCCCUAUCGGCUGAAAGAGACGGACAACGAGUUCGACAGCUUCAGCCAAGUCCCCGAGUCCCCGAUCGGGCGGGAAGAGGAGCCGCACCUCUACAUGGUGGCCAAGAAGUACCGGAAGGUCACCAUCAAAUACUCCAAGCUGGGGCUGGAGGAUUUUGACUUCAAGCAUUACAACAAGACACUGUUUGCGGGGCUGGAGCCCCACAUCCCUAACGCCUACUGCAACUGCAUGAUCCAGGUGCUGUAUUUCCUGGAGCCAGUGCGCUGCCUGGUCCAGAACCACCUGUGCCAGAAGGAGUUCUGCCUCGGCUGUGAGCUGGGUUUGCUCUUCCACAUGCUGGACCUGUCCCGAGGAGACCCCUGCCAGGGAAGCAACUUUUUGCGGGCUUUCCGCACAAUCCCAGAGGCUUCGGCGCUGGGGCUGAUCCUGGCUGACUCGGACGAAGCCACGGGGAAGGUGAACCUGGGGCGGCUGAUUCAGAGCUGGAACCGUUUCAUCCUUACUCAGCUGCACCAGGAAACCCAGGAGCAGGAGGGACCGCAGGCGUACCGGGGGGCUGGCAGCAGCAGCUUUGGCUCCUCAGGGGACUCGGUUAUCGGGCAGCUGUUCAGCUGCGAGAUGGAGAACUGCAGCAUGUGUCGCUGCGGCAAAGAAACCGUCCGCGUGUCCUCCACGCUGCUCUUCACCCUCUCCUACCCCGAGAGCACCGAAAAGCCGGUCAAGGAUUAUGAGUUCGCCCAGAUUUUAAAGCGAAGCAUCUGCUUGGAGCAGAACACGCAAGCCUGGUGUGAGAACUGCGAGAAAUACCAGCCCACGGUGCAGACCCGGAACAUCCGCUGCCUGCCGGACGUCCUGGUCAUUAACUGUGAGGUGAACAGCUGCAAGGAGGCAGAUUUCUGGAAGACGCAGGCUGAGUAUGCCUUUCAGAGAGCCGUGAUGAAGAGAGGGGGCUUUGAGAUCGCCAGAGGAAAGGAAAUCUCUCUUGGAGAGUGGAAGGAGCUGGGGAACCCUGACGUGGGGCAUUUGUAUCCUUCCGUGGAGGAACUGAAGAACAUUUGGAUCCCCCAUGCCAUCAAGAUGCGGCUGACCAAGAGCAAGGAGCUGGACGUCUGGAACUGGAGCGAGAAUGAGGAG